AACUUAACCGGCCUGUAAAAUCCAAACGUGCAAACUGAACAGAAACACGCGUCGGUUACUUAUCGAAGUAGACUACACUUCCCAGCAACCCCCGGACGAUGGAGUUUUUCGGCUGUUCGUGGAGGCGGGCUUGGAGGCGGGCUUGCUUCGCCUGGGUCGGCGCUUCAUGGCGGCUGGAGGCUGCUUCGCCGCGGCCAUUGGGGGGAUUCCGGCGCUCCGUUGCUCUGGGCUUGUUUUCGGCAGGAGCGUCCCCUCAGCGACCUGCAAUGGCUCUGCCUUCCGCCCCCUUGAAAGUCUGCAUCGUGGGCUCAGGAAACUGGGGGUCUGCUGUGGCUAAAAUAAUAGGCAAUAAUGUAAAAACAUUGCAGAAGUUUGCUUCUACAGUGAAAAUGUGGGUUUUUGAAGAAACUAUUAAUGGAAGGAAACUUACAGAUAUCAUAAAUAAUGACCAUGAGAAUGUGAAAUAUCUUCCUGGAUAUAAACUACCAGAAAAUGUGGUCGCAGUCUCAAAUCUGAAUGAAGCUGUGAAAGAUGCAGAUUUGCUGGUUUUUGUUAUUCCCCACCAGUUCAUUUAUAAAAUCUGUGAUGCAAUUACUAAGCAUGUAGCCAAGAAAGCUGUUGGUAUAACUCUCAUUAAGGGAAUAGAUGAAGGCCCUGAGGGACUCAAACUCAUCUCUGAUGUAAUUCGAGAGAAAAUUGGGAUAGAUAUCAGUGUGUUGAUGGGAGCAAACAUUGCCAAUGAGGUGGCUGCAGAGAAGUUCUGCGAAACCACAAUAGGGUGUAAAAUUUUGGAAAAUGGACUCCUUUUCAAAGAACUUCUACAGACCCCAAACUUCCGAAUAACUGUUGUGGAUGAUGCUGAUACAGUUGAGAUUUGUGGUGCUCUUAAGAACAUAGUGGCAGUGGGAGCUGGUUUCUGUGACGGUCUUCGCUGUGGUGAUAAUACCAAAGCAGCUGUCAUUAGACUUGGAUUAAUGGAAAUGAUUGCUUUUGCCAAGAUCUUCUGCAAGGGGCAGGUCUCUAUUGCCACUUUCCUGGAGAGCUGUGGGGUUGCAGAUUUGAUCACAACGUGUUAUGGUGGCCGCAAUCGAAGAGUGGCCGAAGCAUUUGUUAGAACAGGAAAGACUAUUGAAGAAUUGGAGCAAGAAAUGCUGAAUGGGCAGAAACUUCAAGGACCACAGACUUCUGCAGAGGUGUAUCGUAUCCUUCAGCAGAAAGGUCUGGUGGACAAGUUUCCACUAUUUACUGCUGUUUAUCGAAUCUGCUAUGAAGGAAAGCCUGUCCAAGAGAUGAUCUCCUGUCUCCAGAGUCAUCCAGAGCAUAUAUAAAGCAUGUUUACCAUUGUCACAUUUCCUGCCUUUUCAUACUCAUCCAUGAGCUCAAAUUAAUGUAAUUGGUUUCCCUACUCCAUGAAGAAAUUGUAUGUAUAUCUAUGGACUUCUCUAGAUUGUUUUUAUUUGGUGUUUAUUAUACAGCUCCUAGAAUACUAGCUGUUAUUUUUACUGACUAAAAUUUAGGUGGCUUUCAGCUAUACUGCGCAAGACUUGCACACUCCUCAAACUUUGUAAUCUCCUUGCCCUAUUUAAAAUGCUUGAUGUUUCUGUAAGCGUAAUUCUAAUGCUUCCUUUUAGAUAAGUGGAGACUCAUCUAGAUUCCCCAGUGAUUUAAGGGGGAGAUACAAUCUAGGGCAGGGCUAAGGCACUGCAAUACUCCAAAUGUUAUUGGACUACAGAUCCCAUCAGUGCUAGCUAGGUUAAUAGCAACAAGGAGAGUUUUAGUUGUUAACAUCUGGAAUCUGUAAAUCGAGCACAUCAUGCAGUAUCACCUAGAAGCUGUUUGCUAAAGUAUAGUAAGCUUCAAGAACACGCAUUUAGCUUUUCAAUCAGAUUUGGACAUCUUGUAUGGCAUAGAUUACAAUUUAAUGAGGAUUACUUUAGUAACAUUUGAUUGGUGGGGGAGUAGCAUUAAGUUUUUUAAAACUUAGAUUUUAAAAAUAAUUUAUUCUUAAAAGUAAUUUGAAAAAUGGACAUUUUUAAAUGUGCUUUUUAAGUGAUCGUAGUCUCUUUUUAAGACAAAAAACAAAAAACCUGGCUUCCCAACCUAGUAAGUGUGUGGGAGUGCAGUUCCUAAGGUCUCCCGCUCUAUCUGGGUAUGAUGGGAAUUGUGGUCCUAAAUACUAGUAGGAUUGCUGUUUAAAGCAAAAUCUGCUCCCCCAUGUUUAUCCCUUCUCUAAUUUGGCACUUAGCUUUCUCCCUUUUCUCUACCUAAGCCUAAGAAUUUUAGGUACCAAGUCAAAGCAUUUUUUGAUCUAGCUGUGAUGCGUAACAUCACACAUUUUUUAGAAAAAACAUAAUCCUGUGGAUUUAUAUAUGCAGCUCCAAAGCUGCCCUUAUCCUAGUUGAAUAAGAUUGAAGUGAUGACAUGGGCAUAUAUGUGAGGAUGGGAUGUGGCUGUGUGAAAGUUUUCACAUGAUAUGUAACAAGAUUGCAGCCUAUUAUUACUUGGGUUGGCCCACUGCCCAGCAGUGCUUUCAGGAUGCGUUUUAACAACUAAUCUGCUGUCAUGCUCUGAUGUGUCAAAACUGUACUUAGGCCAUGAGGGGUCAAUGAGGGGGAGAGUUAGGUUGGUGUAAAAUCUUUGUUUCUUCAGCAUAUUGUUUGUCCAUUUGUGGGAUUAAAUUAGAAAGGGCCAGAAAGAGAUACUUCAGUUCUUCUUUUCUCCAGCAAGGCUCUGAUAUGGGAGCCUAUAGCUUUUACAUUUAACUAGCAGCUGCACACGUGCUUUGUUUUUGCAGUAUCCAGCAGUCCAGUGCUUGAGAUAUUAAUAUACACCAGCCCUUCACCAACCCAGGGUAUGACAGGCCAGUAAAAAUCUGAAAAUUGUGGUCUCCACACAUUUGAAUUCUACUCAGCUGGGGAAGGCUAGUGCAGACAACUUAAAAGGACUUGUUCUGAUUGUACCCAAUAGUGAAUGUAUUGGUAAUUCCCAUUACCCCACAAAUGUCCCUUACUAUGAAAUGUGCUACUGUUAUAGCUAUUUUUAUUUCAGUGCCUUUUUUUUGCUCCUGUUUCAAUUGUUGUUUGAGUUGCCUUUAGAAAUCCAUUUAACAGGAGCUCACUUGUUUUUAAAUGGGAACCUUUCUCCAAGAUCUUGGUCUCUUCAGUUGCCUUGCUGUCAUUGAGACUUUGAACUGAAGUUACUUAGAUUUAAAAUGGAACGAGUCAAAGAAUGUAAUAGAUUUCUCUGUCUCCUUGUUAGGGAUGGCUAUUUAGAAUGGGAGUAAGAUGUUUUUGGGAAGAAAACUAGCAAUAAAAAUUACGUUGGUUAAAUAAAUAGCAGUCUGGGAUUAAUAAACUAUGUAAAGCCAUCUUCCCAAUUGCUGCCUUCAGAUCUGUAGAACUACAACAUCUGUCAUUUGUGACCAACAUGGGUAGUCCAACUCUUCUGGAAGGCACUUGGUUAGGGGAAAGCUGAUCUAACGUAUAUUAAAUUAAUCUUGUGUGAAUACUAGUAUUCUUGAUUAUUAUUAAGGUUAAAUUAAUACCUCAUUUUUUCUCCAAAGAGCUCAGAGUGGCACUCCACAUGAUUCUUCCCUCUACUUUGUUCUUAGAACAGCCCUAUGAGGUAGGUUAGGCUGAGAAUGACCAGCUGAAGGUUAUUCAGUUUGCUUAAUGGCUGAUUGGCAGGCUUUAAAUCAGAAUCUCCAGUUGUAGCUUGACAUGGUCAUUGUAAUAUUAUACUGACUACAUUUAUUUUACAUACACUCCCUAGCUUCAGAGGCAUCCAUUUAGGAUAGUAUAUUCUCCUAUUGAGCUCAUGCAUCCCCCAAACCACUUUUAUUAUCAAUAGCCUGUUUUAAGUGCCCUGAAUAAGGUUAUUGUAUGAUUUUUGAAGCUAUAAAGAUUAAAGAGGCUGACCCAAGCACAAUAAUUUCACAGCUGGGUUCACAGUGAAAAAUUGGAAAUCAAGAUUUUUAACAAUUUUCUAUACCAUUGUUUUUUUCUUCCUGUUCAGAAAAUGUUUGGAAAUUACUGAUAGAUACAGGCCUCUGAGUUUUCAGUGGAUGGCAGUCACAGUUGACUAUAUAUGUUAAGCAUUAUUUUUGCCCCCUUUUUUCCCUUCUAAAACUUUUCUGUAUAAGGAAAGUGUGACACAUGAAGCAGAAUCUAGAAUCUAGGUAACAUGGUGUAAGAGUGGAGAACCUGGGACCCUGCAAAUAUUGCAGGACUCCAGUUCCCAUUAGCCCCAAUCAGGGUGGUCACUGAUCUGGACAAGUAGGAGCUGUAGUCCAACAAUGUCUGCAGGGACACUGAAUUCCCACUCUUAAUGUAGAAGAGAAACAGCUCCCCAAUUACUUCAAAUAGUUCAAAUAAUGCUCAGAACUUGACCCAAAUCUUUCUCAGCUUAGAGCCCUCCACAUGUGUUGAAACUAGAUGUAGUCCCAGCACAUCCGGAAAGCCCUAAGUUGGGCUGUUCUACACCAAUGAAAACUUGAUACAUUUUUUCGUUUUGUUUAAGCACUUAAUUUUCUAGUAAUGAAAAGAAUGAAGAUGUUCAGAACUUAGAAUGGCUUGAAUACAAGAAUGUAAUGAAAAAUGUUUACACAUUUAGAAGGGCACAGUUGAGAAAAAGCUAAUAUCAGGAAUAGAAAGCACAUAUUUCUCUUUAUAGUGUCAAAGCCUACUAGGCCUAAUAUGAAGUGACUGUUUUUCUUUUAAUAUUGAAUCUAGAUUAAUAAUAUUUCUGCCAUCAUUCCUAACACUCAAUAUGCAUAACCGUUUUGUAUAUGAGUGUGUUUGUAAUAUGGUAAAGGGCUCUGUAAACUGAAUGCGAUGAGUUAUGCAUACUGUCAAAUCAUUUAAAACUAUUUACUCCAUUUAAUGGAUGAAGCCUUCUUCCCAUGUGAUUUUUAAAAUCAGAUGCAAGUGUUGGUAAAAGAUUUAUCCAUGUGUCACUCAUUGUUAUUUUUUUCAAUAAAACAUAACAUUC